AACACAGUGUGCAAGGAUGCGAUCUUGGAAAAGCUGACUAUCAUAAACACAUUUAUCCGUCGUUAUUUGUAUUAAAAUGAAAUUGUACUGUCUGUCUGGUCAUCCUACAUUGCCUUGCAAUGUUCUCAAGUUCAAAUCCACCACCAUCAUGCUGGACUGUGGGCUGGACACCACUUCAGUCCUCAACUUCUUGCCCCUUCCUCUUGUGCACAGCCCUAGACUCUCCAAGCUGCCUGGCUGGGUCUCUAAGGAUGGAGCAGUAAACUUGGAGAAGGAGCUGAAGGAGUGUGCAGGAAGGGUGUUUGUGGACUCACAGCCAGAGUUCUGUCUUCCUGAGAGAGAACUGCUGGAUCUGUCUACCAUUGAUGUCAUCCUGAUAUCCAACUACCACUGCAUGAUGGCCCUGCCCUACAUCACUGAACGCACAGGCUUCACAGGGACGGUGUAUGCCACAGAACCCACCUUGCAGAUUGGCAGACUGCUGAUGGAAGAGUUGGUGAACUUCAUGGAGAGAGUUCCCAAAGCCCAGUCUGCCACCUGCUGGAAAAAUAAGGAAUUACAAAGGAUGCUCCCAGGCCCGCUGAAGGAUGCGGUGGAGGUGUGGACAUGGAAGCGAUGCUACAGUAUACAGGAAGUGAACUCUGCCCUCAGUAAAGUGCAACUUGUGGGUUAUUCACAGAAAGUGGAGUUGUUUGGAGCUGUACAGAUCUCCCCUUUAAGUUCUGGCUACUCGUUGGGCAGCUCGAACUGGAUCAUUCAGUCACAUCACGAGAAAGUGUCCUAUGUGUCGGGUUCAUCCCUCCUCACUACACACCCACAGCCGAUGGACCAAAGCUCCCUGAAGAACAGUGAUGUUCUUAUUCUGACAGGCCUAACACAGAUGCCCACAGCCAACCCAGACGGCAUGCUGGGAGAAUUCUGUAGUAACCUGGCCAUGACCAUUCGUGCGGGAGGCAAUGUGCUGGUCCCGUGCUACUCCUCAGGAGUGAUAUACGACCUGCUGGAGUGUCUGUACCAGUUCAUUGAGAGCGCCAGCCUGGGGACCACCCCCUUCUACUUCAUCUCACCCGUCGCCAACAGCUCGCUGGAGUUCUCUCAGAUCUUUGCUGAGUGGCUUUGUCACAACAAGCAAACAAAGGUGUAUCUUCCAGAGCCUCCGUUCCCUCAUGCAGAGCUGAUCCAGACCAACAAGCUGAAGCACUACCCCAGUAUUCACGGAGACUUCAGCAGCGAGUUCCGUCAGCCGUGUGUGGUUUUCACCGGUCAUCCCUCUCUGCGCUUCGGGGACGUGGUUCACUUCAUGGAGCUGUGGGGCAAGUCCAGCCUCAACACCAUCAUCUUUACCGAGCCGGACUUCUCGUACCUUGAUGCCCUGGCUCCCUACCAGCCGCUGGCUAUGAAGUGUGUCUACUGUCCCAUUGACACACGGCUCAACUUUCACCAAGUAUCAAAGCUGCUCAAGGAAGUCCAGCCCCUCCAUGUGGUGUGUCCAGAGCAGUACACUCAGCCUCCACUCACCCAGUCCCACCGCUCUGACCUGAUGCUGGAGCUGCAGCCCCCUCCCAUGCCCUACAGACGCUGCUCUGUACUCAACCUGCCCUUCAGACGCCGCUACGAACGCGUCUACAUACUGCCCGAGCUGGCCAACUCCCUGGUGCCCUCUGAGAUUAAACCCGGCGUCUCCGUGGCAACCGUGUCUGCAGUGCUACAAUCCAAGGACAACAAACACACACUUCAGUCGGUGCCCAAACCCCCCCCAGUGCCCCCCAGCAAGAAGAGAAAGCGAGUGAUGGAGGAGCCCCCUGUGGUGCUGGCCCCCAAACCCCUGCUGAGUGGAGCUGUGCCCCUGGAAGCUUUCCUGUCCACAUUACAAAAGCAUGGAAUCACUGAGGUGAAAGUGGAGGAGACGGCAGACGGACACAUCCUGCACCUCCAGGCAGAGGACACACUGAUCCAGCUGGAGGAGGACGGGACGCACAUAGUCUGUGACAACAACGAGCCGCUGCGUACCACACUGAGAGACCUGGUGCUCCGCUUCCUGCAGAAACUCUGACCUGAUUCCUCUUCAAACCCUUCCUUUGGUUUGUUUUUAACAGUGUCCGUGCUUUACUGGACUGUGGACAGAAACAACAUGAGGACAUGAGGAUGGGAGACGUGGUAAAGAGCUGUGAACUCAACUGUCCCCCUAACACUGUAACAUUUACAAUAGUUUUGUUUUGAAGUCCAGUUAUAUUUUGUAAAAUAGUAUUUUGUAUUAAAAGAUUUUUCAAAGAAUGCUAAACGUCAUCUCAGUGAGUCUUUCAUCACUGCAACCUCAUCAUCUUGACAAAUGAAAAUGCGGAGAUCAUCAGUCAUGAGCUUUUCCAGAGGAGGAAAUGAGAAUAAUCACAACAACCAUGUACAGCAAGUUCCUCUGGGUUAAUUCUAUUAUCAUGUAAUUUGUAUUUUCCAUAAUACAACUUUAUAGAAGUAACUACAAUGGUAUUUGCAGUUUCUGAAUUACAAGUUAAAUCCAGAUCUCAUGUUGUCAGUUCGAGAUGUUGGAAAUAUCCAGAUGUAAAAGUUGUGCUUUAAUUGGCUGCAAAAUGUUCCCAGCUUUAUCUGAAUGAAAUUUUCUGUUUGUGCUUUUCAAAAAUGGACCUGCUCUCUCGUGUGCACCUCUACUGAAAAAGCAAUUACAGGUUAUUUUCACAGGAGGCAUUUUGACCCGUCACAGCACAGGUCUAAAUAAUAAAAUGAAUGAUGGCUGAAUUCAGUUGAGACGCUUCGGUUUCGGGGUCCAUGUACUGUGCAUGCUGUCACUCCGUCGUAACUUAUUGAGAAGCUUGAAUACAGUGUUAAUGUUAUCAGUAACACCUGUGCUUUUCCUGCCAUGACGGGUCGAAAUGUCUGCCAUGAAAGAAGCCAUCAAACUCUGUGGAUGGGAGGCUUUUGGGUAGGUAGCUUGGUAUAUGGUGUUAUAAGCAAUGGCCCGUAGAAUUAUACUUUGGAUUAGUAUUUUAAAACAGUGGCCUGAAUACAUACAGAACUUGGCAUUCUUAUCUGGGUAAUUACAUGUGGUAGAUAAAAAAACCUGAAUGCCUGUUUCCCUGAGGUGCUCGUCUCUAUUCUCUGAGCAGAUAGAGAUUUAAUGCAUCAGCUGAUGGUGCACACGGUCACUGUGCCAAUAGAUCAGCUUUUAAAAAAAAAAGCUGUCUGCUUUACAUAAUAUGUGUUUUUCUGCUUUGACCUGUACAAAAUGUGUGUGGCGAUG